CUCCUGCGCACCGCCGCACAUCUGGGGCCUGCAAGUGCAGCCCGCGGCUGCACCCGCAACUGCAAGAACACCCCAGCCACAACCGCAACCGCCUGCACCGGUACCCGUACCUGCUCCUGUACCCGCACCCGCACCUGCUCCUGUACCCGUAUCUGCACCCGCACCUCCUCCUGUACCCGCACCCGUAUCCACACCCGCACCUGCACAGCCGCCCCAGCCGCUGCUCGCCUCUACACAGCAGCCGCAGCCCCGGCAACCGCCGUCGCCGCAGCCGCUGCCUGCACCCACACUGCCAUUGCCGCAGCAGCAGCCCCCGCUGCCGCUUCCGAGUCAUCAGGCUGUGCAGGUGCCGUACAUGCGGGGUCCGGGCACCGCCGCCCCAACCACCUCCAUGAGCCCUACUCCGCUGCAACCGCCGCCGGCAAUCAGGGCCCCGCAGCAGCCUUGGAUGGGAGGCGGCGGCAACGGCGAUCGGCGGGAUUCUGACGUGGCGCUCUGGGAGUCGGUGCGGAGCAACCCGGAGCUUUGGUACGAUAACCGUCCCCGCAAGCAGCAUUCAAGGCAGCCUGACUUCAAGAAACUGGACAACUCUGCCGCUUUGUGGAUUGACGGCCGCAACACGCCCGUCUGGGUUUGGGGGUGGCUGGCGGCACUGGGCACCCAGCUGCCGGCGCCCGUGCAGCAGCAGGCGCCGCAGCAGGCGGCGGACAGGGCAGCGGCACGGGAGGCCAAGCGCGCAGCGGAGGUGGCACUCUGGG